AUGUCUUCAGCUGAUCAUCACCACGACUUGGAGGGCAAAUACCCACCACCACCAGCUGUUGCUGUAUCACCCCCAAUCGCCAAUCCAGGUCCUUUGGGUCUUAGUGCUUUUGCCUUGACGACCUUUGUCCUUUCUCUUCAUAAUGCCAACGCUGGUAUGCCUGAUGGUACCCCAAGCAAUGUCGUUGUUGGUCUUGCUUUCUUUUAUGGUGGUCUUGUACAACUUUUGGCUGGUAUGUGGGAAUUCAAGACGGGCAACACAUUUGGUGCCACUGCCUUCUCCAGCUAUGGUGGUUUUUGGCUCUCUUAUGCCAUCAUGUUCAUUCCCGGAGCAAACAUCUUGGGUGCCUAUGAAAAGGUGCCUGAUCAGCUUCAUCACUCCCUUGGUAUCUUUUUGGUUGCAUGGGCCAUUUUCACUGGUAUCAUGUUGAUUGCUACCCACCGAGCCAACAUUGCUCUUAUGGUCCUUUUCUUCUGUUUGGAGAUCACCUUUAUUUUGUUGGCAGCCUCUGAUCUCAACGGCAGCACCCCCUGCAAGGUGGGUGGUGGUGCCAUGGGUGUUGUCACCGCCGUCAUUGCAUGGUAUAUUGCAUUGGCAGGCUUGUUGACCAAGGAAUCAUCACACUUCACCCUCCCUGUUGGUCCUCUUUCUUAA